AUGGCGAAGCACGCAACAAGCCGAACCCUCAAUCCCAGUGGGGACUACUCCGUUGGGGGUUACUUCGCAAGGAUGCCGCAUGUGCAGUUCCUCAGUCUUCCUUCUCCUCCAUAUGAAGAUUUAUCCCAUACGGUGCUAGCGAAGCAAGUCUUCCGAGUUCAUACUGCGUCUCGAACGAAGGUCACUCAGAGUUCCGAAGGUCACUACAGUUUCCGAGUCUUAUUGUUCUUCUUCUUACACGUAUGA